CAUGGGAUCAACCGAUUCUUCCAGGUGUUAACGCUCGGAAUUGCUAAAAAAGUUCCCUUUCCCAGUGAUAAGUGUAGUGCGAGAUCUGUUCAAGGGUUGUAGCUCGUUAAUACUAACGGCUUCCUCUUAAUUUGGAUUUCAUCGUUCCCAAUUCUCAGUUCCCCUUGCGCGGUUUAUCUAAUUCUCUACUCAGUUCCAGUGGUGAUUGAGUUCCAAUAAUGAUGGAGAAGGCAGAUCCUGCACAGAAAUUAUAUACAAGGAUGAGACUGUGGGAGUUUUCUGAUCAAUAUGUCAUUGAGCCUACAGAUGGAUCUUCUGGUUUGUGUAUGGCAAUCAGUCGGGCAGAUGCAUCUAUGAAUUUAAUAGAUGAAAUGCCACAUUGCAGCACUGUUCGUGUUCCUAAAAUUGAAACAAUCUUUGGUGUUGUUGGGAUGCUAAAGCUUGGUGCAGGAUCAUACUUAAUAAUUAUAACAGAACGUGAAUGUGUUGGGUCUUACCUUGGGCAUCCUAUCUUUAAAGUCACAUCAUUGAAUGUUUUACCUUGCGAUCAUUCUCUCAAGAGUUCUUCUGUUGAACAGAAAAGGAUGAAAGCAGAGUUUUCUGCAUUGCUAAGUGUGGCAGAGAGGAUUCACGGCCUGUACUUUUCUUAUGAUGUCAAUAUCACAUUGAGUGCUCAACGGUUACAUGAUUUGGGUGAUGAGUCUAAGCUACUUCCUCUUUGGAGACAAGCUGACCCUCGAUUUCUUUGGAACAACUAUAUGAUGGAAGUGCUUAUAGACUGCAAGCUUGACCCAUUCUUGCUGCCCGUUCUCCAUGGGAGUUUUAACAGCUUUCAAGCAACCAUUGGGAGAAACGUAAUUGAUGUUACAUUGAUUGCACGGAGGUGCAACAGGAGAUCUGGCACUCGGAUGUGGAGAAGAGGGGCUGAUUCUGAUGGCUAUGUUGCAAAUUUUGUGGAAAGUGAACAAAUAAUACAAUUAGCUGGCUUUACAGCAUCUUUUGUUCAGGUCCGUGGGUCAAUUCCAAUAUUGUGGGAUCAGAUUGUUGAUUUGACAUAUAAGCCAAAGUUUGAGAUAGUGAAAUGGGAUGAAGGACCACGAGUGGUUGAGCGGCACUUUUUGGAUCUAAGGAAGAAAUAUGGAAACGUCAUAGCCAUUGAUCUUGUCAAUAGUCAUGGAGGAGAGGGACGCUUAAGUGAAAAGUUUUCCGAAGCAAUGCAGCAUGUUGCCAAUGAAGAUGUGAGAUACUUGAAUUUUGAUUUUCAUCACAUAUGUGGGCAUGUUCAUUUUGAGCGACUCUCUAUCCUUUACGAACAAAUCGAGGAUUUUCUCAUGAAAAACAGGUACUUUUUACUAAAUGAGAAAGGUGAGAAACUUGAAACACAACUUGGAGUUGUGAGGACAAAUUGCAUUGAUUGCUUAGAUCGGACAAAUGUUACUCAGAGCAUGAUUGGUCAAAAAAUGCUAGAGUUCCAACUGAGAAGGCUUGGUGUUUUUAAUGCUGAAGAAACAAUUAGCAAGCACCCCAACCUUGAUGAGAACUUCAAAAUCUUGUGGGCUAAUCAUGGGGAUGAUAUCAGUAUCCAAUAUUCUGGUACUCCAGCUUUAAAGGGAGAUUUUGUCAGAUAUGGUAAGCGAACUGUCAAAGGUAUUCUGAAUGAUGGACGUAAUGCUCUCAUGCGCUACUACUUGAACAACUUCUGUGACGGUACAAAACAGGAUGCAACUGAUUUAUUGCAUGGACAUUACAUUGUUUCUGCCUCGCGAGAUAUGACACAGACAUCUCAAAAAGGAGGUGUUGAGGCAGUUGCUUCAUUCCCAAUGGCUUUUGGGCUGAUUUUGGUUGGGUUCUUCUUCACCAUCAUCUCACUAAGGCGAGUUCAAUAUAAUCCUUGGAACCUAUUGUUUUCAAUGAUUUGGGCUAGCAUAAGUCUUGGAAUUGCUGGAUUUGUGAAGGCCAAUGGUCGUGUAUUCUGUAACAGGCCACGCCUCAACCAACCUAGGCGUUGACUUUCAGGUUCAGGGUGCUAAUUGUUUGUGAUAUUUGCAGAAUAGACCCCAACUCUGCUGCUUUAACACAUUCCUCAGUUGUAUUCUUUGUAAUUCAUUUCCCCCAAGGAUACAAAACAUUGGUUAUAGUCAACUAUUCCUCUGAUUUUCCCCUUCUAACUGAUUUUGUUUGUUUUGUUUGUUUUCUUACCACUAUAUUUUAAUAGCCAAGAUUUUACUGGAUUACAACUGAUUUUGAUUGUAUUGCUAUCACUUCAUAUUUUAAUACCCAAGUUAUUUAUGGUAUUAUUUAAUA